GGAAAGAAAAAAUCGUUGCUUUGCUAAAUUGCCAGCGGUGCGGGUGUCAAAUUCAGCACAUCACAUGGUAGCUGCUGCCAGUUCCUAAUUCCUAAUUUAUUUGCCUUGCACUCUACCAACCAACUAGAAAGAAGAUUUUUAUUUGGUGAAUGGCUCGCCUAAUAUCUUCAAACCCCAUCGCCCUCCACAGAUUUCAACCAUGCCUUCCAAUUUCUCGUCACUUCUCCGCAAAUCCUCGCCGCCGCCGUCCCACCAACACCCGCAAAUUACAGACCUUAGCGUGCCAAACAAACCCCAACCUUGAUCAAAAGGAUACCCCUACCACGGAUGAAGAAAAACUUGUGGUCGAGCCCAGCACGAGUACAACAACAAGUUCUCUUCCUCAAUUGCCGACCAAAAACAUCAACAACAAAAUCGCACUUGUUUCUACCUUAGCGGCCUUGGGGCUUUUCUUAUCUGCCAGGUUGGAUUUCGGUGUUUCCCUCAAGGAUCUCUCUGCCAAUGCAAUGCCUUACGAAGAGGCUCUCUCCAAUGGGAAGCCCACUGUGGUGGAGUUUUAUGCAGAUUGGUGUGAGGUAUGCCGGGAAUUAGCUCCUGACGUCUACAAAGUAGAGCAGCAAUUCAAGGAUCGAGUUAAUUUUGUGAUGUUGAAUGUUGAUAACACAAAGUGGGAGCAAGAGCUUGACGAGUUUGGCGUGGAGGGUAUUCCACACUUUGCAUUCCUGGAUAAAGAAGGAAAUGAGGAGGGCAAUGUGGUCGGUAGGCUACCAAGACAGUACUUGCUUGAAAAUGUGGAUGCCCUUGCUCGUGGAGAAGCAUCUGUUCCUCAUGCUCGUGUUGUAGGUCAAUAUUCAAGUGCUGAGGCAAGGAAGGUGCAUCAAGUUGCUGAUCCAAGAAGUCAUGGUUAGAUGACCAAAUAUACAGUACCUUCUUUUACUGUUUCACAGUAACUGGUUCAUUUGUCAGUGAGCAAACAACUCAUUGCUCUUGUUUUUUUACCCUUCACAAGCCCACUAUAUUAUAAACAUUGUGCGAGUCUGUCAUAGACUAGGAUCCGAAUCUAGGUAUCAACUGAAAUUGUUAGCUCAAAUGUGUCUAUAUUCUUGCAAUCUUGUUAUAGGUGAAGAUGCACUUGAAUGUUUACAAAUCUGCUACUCUAUUCAAUACUCAUCAUCUGUUUCAUAACAAUUUAUAUCUUCCCGCCCA